AUGCAAAUUAAAGUUCUGUUCACCUAUUUGUUUCUUCCGGCAAUCAAUACGGUUCUAGUGACUAAAGUCUAUCGAUCUUCAACCUAUAAUCCGAACUCUCCUUGUGCUAUUCUUGACAAUAUUUCAUUACCAUUAUUGGAUGCAUCGCUUAACUCUUGCAUUUGGCAAUGUAUGCACAAUAUUAAGUGUCAAACGGCCGUCUAUCUUCAUGAUCAGAAAAUAUGUUCGACAUUCGGUGAACAUUGUCAAUCAGGUCACAUUCAACCAUCGGGAAGUACUCGAGCGAGUGUUAUCUGUUGUCGAAAAAAUGAAGAGUCCAAUAUGUAUUGUCAAUCUACUGCAACAUCAACACAAGCAGGGAUACAGACGACACAGGCUGUUCAUACCUGGACAAGUGCUACAAGCAUGAGUACACGACGAUAUGAUCACACGGCAAGCAUAUUAUCAGAUACGACAGUGUUAGUUGCCGGUGGAGAAUGUGCUGGUUAUUAUUUAAAAAGUGCCGAAAUAUAUAAUUUAUCCACAAACACUUGGACCACUACUGGAGACAUGCAUGUGCAACGGUCUGAUCACACAGCAAGCGUGUUAUCGAACGGAAAAGUUUUAGUUGCCGGUGGAUGGCAUGGUAGCAGUUUUCUCGACAGCGCUGAGCUGUAUGAUCCGUCUACAGGUACGUGGACAAUGACUGGGAGUUUGAAUGUGGGACGAUCUGACCAUACGGCAAAUGUAUUAUCAGACGGUAGAUUGUUAGUGUCUGGAGGUUCUUCGAGCAACACUGCCGAAUUGUAUAAUCCGUUAGCAAACAGUUGGACAUGGACUGGAAGCAUGAGUACACGACGAUAUGAUCACACGGCAAGCAUAUUAUCAGAUACGACAGUGUUAGUUGCCGGUGGAGAAUGUGCUGGUUAUUAUUUAAAAAGUGCCGAAAUAUAUAAUUUAUCCACAAACACUUGGACCACUACUGGAGACAUGCAUGUGCAACGGUCUGAUCACACAGCAAGCGUAUUAUCGAACGGAAAAGUUUUAGUUGCCGGUGGAUGGCAUGGUAGCAGUUUUCUCGACAGCGCUGAGCUGUAUGAUCCGUCUACAGGCACGUGGACAAUGACUGGGAGUUUGAAUGUGGGACGAUCUGACCAUACGGCAAAUGUAUUAUCAGACGGUAGAGUGCUAGUGACUGGAGGUCGCUUCGGAGACAGUGUCGAAUUGUAUGAUCCAUCUACAGGUACUUGGACACAGGUUGACGAGAUGAAUGACAAACGGUCUUAUCACACGGCGAGCAUAUUAUCGAGUGGAACAGUAUUAGUGACUGGUGGAGAAGACCUUUAUGUCACUCACAAUACUGCUGAGUUAUAUUAA